AUGGUCCUGGGGCGUCACAGGGGUCUUGGAGAUGGAUCCCAGAGGGGACUGGGGGCUAGGAGGUUCCCUGAAGGGGUCCCAAAGGGGGCUGGGAUUUCCUGAAGGGGCUGCCAGUUGUGCCCCCCAAACCUGGCAGCCCCCCUGUGUCCCAGCAGACCUGGGGCAGGGGCUGGGGCGCCUGGUUCAGACUCUGAAGGAUCAGCUGCCGGUGGUGGGGGGCGGCUGGGGGGGCUGGACUCCCCCAGGGCUCCCCUCGGGCCCGCGCCCCCCUGAAGAGGCCGAUGUGGUGGUGGUGGGAGGCGGCGUGGUGGGCUGGUCAGUGGCUUUCUGGCUGAAGGCACUGGAGGGCCAGCGGCACGGCAUGAGAGUGCUGGUUGUGGAGCGGGACCCCACGUAUUCCAGAGCCUCCACAGUGCUGUCAGUGGGGGGGAUCCGGCAGCAGUUUUCUCUCCCAGAAAAUAUCCAGAUGUCCCGCUUUUCUGCCUCCUUCCUCCGCAACAUCAAUGAGCAUCUUGGGGUGCCCAACAAGUCCCCCAUCGACAUCCAGUUCCAGCCCUCAGGAUACCUGUUCCUCGCACCCCUGGAGCACGCAGCAGGGCUGGAGGCCACUGUUCAGCUUCAGAGGGAGGAGGGGGUGCAAGUGGCCCUGCUGUCCCCCACCCAGCUGAAGGAGAAGUUCCCGUGGAUUGAUACAGAGGACGUGGCUGUGGCAUCCUACGGUCUGCAGGACGAGGGUUGGUUCGACCCCUGGACACUACUCCAGGCGUUCCGGCAUAAAGCCAUGUCCCUGGGGGUGCUGAGCUGCUCCGGGGAGGUGCGAGGCUUUGUCACCUCGGCCAAGGAUGCGAUGGUUCCGCAGGGAUCGUCUGCAGUGACUGCACGCAUCAGAUACGUCCACGUUCACAUGCCGGACAGCCGGGAAUACCAGCCGGUCGCCUGUGCCAUCGUUGUCAACGCGGCCGGCGCCUGGGCUGGGGAGCUGCUGGGGGCAGCAGGGCUGCCAGAGGGGCUCUGCCAGCCCCCUCUCCCCAUCCAGCCCAGGAAGAGGUACGUCUUCUCCUGGCACUGCCCUGAUGGCCCCGGCUUCUCCUGCCCGCUCCUUGUCGACACCACCGGUGCUUACUUCCGCCGCGACGGUAUCGCUGGCAACUACCUGGGCGGCAUGAGCCCCACUGAGGAGGAGGAGCCGGAUGCAGGCGACCUCUUGGUGGACCACAACUUUUUCCAGGAGCAAGUCUGGCCACGGCUGAGUCGGCGUGUGCCAGCAUUCUCCUCACUCUGUCUGCGCAGCGCCUGGUCUGGCUACUACGACUACAACACCUUUGACCAGAACGGGGUGCUAGGGCCACACCCCAAACUGAACAACUUGUUCCUGGCUGCUGGGUUCAGUGGGCACGGGCUGCAGCACGCUCCCGCCACUGGCCGUGCUGUGGCCGAGCUGGUGCUGCGGGGCCGCUAUGAGAGCCUGGACCUGCGGCGGCUGGGCUGGCAGAGGCUGGAGGAGGGCAAACGGCUGGAUGAGAAGGGGGUAGUCUGAUAGUGGACGGAACCCCUUCCCGAGCCAGAGCAGCGGGGCCCUGCAGAAAUGUCACACUUCUCACCUGGCCUGGCUGAUUUUGGCCACUAAAACCGAGCAGUUGGACUCCAAAAUCGCCUCCUCAGGGAAAGGGAAACGAGAAGAAAAAGACUUGUGGGUUGGAAACGAGAACUGAUGAUGAAAACUAUGAUGAAAAUGAUAAAAAAAAAUGAAAUUAUAAAAAUAAGGAAAUAAUAUCAAUAAAAUACACACAAAUAUCU